UCGCACCAGCAGACGACAGUUAACACGGCAGAAAACCAGCAUCCAGUUCAGACGGGAGACUUUCACAGCAGGCGUGGAAAUGAGGACGGUAGAAUAAGACAAAGGGACUGGGACCUGACAAGCGAAUGCAAGGAUUAGUGAAGCACCUAAUACUGUAACAGCAGGAGCUACUGUGGCUGGAGAGUAAAAGGAUAAGAAGCAACGCGCGGAUAGAAAGAACCCACGGAUCUUAAUCUGUAAUUGACUUAGUGCCGUCGCUUGGAUUUCCCACCUCCUCCUCCUGGGCUGGCAGCAGCGGGGGGGCAGAGCCACCGCCACCGCAGGGAUGAAGUACAGCUACCACGUACCUGUGUCCACGUACACGCGCAGCUCGCAGUACACGCCGGCCUACCCCUCACCCAGCAGCCACUACACCCCCACCCACUACACAUCUGCAUACACCCCCACACAGUACAGCAGCACACACUACAGCCCGUCCCACCUCACAGGGUCCAGCUACAGGCCCGCGUCGGCCUACGUCCCGGCGUACAGCAGGUCGCGCUACAGCUCGUCGCAGCGCGUACAAGCACGGGAAAGUCCCGCACCUGUGCUUCCCGUCGCCGCGGCGAAGAGGAGCGUGCACUUCCCCAAUGACAUCAUCUUCCAGGACAUCGUUAGACGAGGGGAUCUGGAGCAAAUCGGCCGCUUCAUGAGAGCGAGGAAGGUCCGUGUGGACACAGUUUUCCACUCAGGUAUGGCAGCAUUACAUGAAGCCGUACUGACCGGGAACCUGGAGGUGGUGAAGCUUCUGAUGAAAUAUGGCGCUGACAUUCAUCAGAGAGAUGAAGAUGGCUGGACGCCGCUGCACAUGGCCUGCAGCGAUGGCUACCCAGAGAUCGCCAGAUAUCUGCUGGCAAUGGGAGCCAGCGCAGAGGCGGAGAAUGAAAGUGGAGAGAAACCCGCAGACCUCAUCGACCCAGACUGCAACGAGCUGACUAGACUGUUUGAGGUCGGCUGUGUGUGACUGUGCAUCAAAUAGACCCGAGAGAAAACAACCAAAAACGCAACUUAACAAUUUAACAAUAUUCAGUACAAUACUGAAUAAGCAGGUGGGAAUGAUUUCGGUUACAGCUCAAGGAUGGUUCUGUGUCCGUUUCAAGGUUGAGCAAAAAGAACUGUUGUGUAUUUUUCAUACUGUCUAUAUGACUUUUCCUGUCUUCACUUAUGCUUCAAGUGACAUAAUGCAUAAUGCAUUUACGCCACAGAUUUUGAGAUGUUUAUGUCCUAUGCGUUCUCACUGCUGGGCAGACAGAGGACUCACUAGUACUGGGCUAAGAUCAGAAAACUAACUUUAUUUUCCCCAUAUGUACAGAUCUAUCUCAUUUUAUGCAUAGCAGAAACAUAAAUGUUGGCAAUGAAGGUCUUAUUUUUGUACAUUUUCAUAAAUAAACAUGUAUUUUAUAAAUGUGAUUGAUUCUGUUGUACAGUGUAUUGUGCCAUUACACAAGAUGCCCUUUG